GGUUAGCAGGAGAAGAAUGAGCAAAAAAAACAGUUAGCAUUAGGCUAACGCUGCAAUUCUCUCAGAGAGAAUAAUAGAAUUACGCGGCGUUUUUAACGAUAAUAGCGGGUAGUUUUAAUAUUUUUUGGUGUUUAUAAGUUAAAAGGACCGUUUCAGUAGAUGUUACACGCCGCAGGUUUGUGUUAAAUUAACAGUGCCACGCAAUGCACCAUGGAGGAGGCCCACCAAAUGUGCAGCGAAAUAUUCAGAGAUCCAAAUCUGUCGCUUGCUCUGAGGCUGAGGACCGACAACAACAGCAGCCUAUUGCAGUUACCCAGCAACAGACAGCACCUGCCAAUCAUCCUCAGUCACCGGUGACCACCUUCGCCCCAGCAGCUAGUCCUUCAGCCCCACAGUCGCCAAACUACCAGAUCAUCAUGAGCCGAAGUCCCGUCACUGGACAGAACAUGAACAUCACGUUGCAGAAUGUAGGGUCUAUGGUUCCUGGAAAUCAGCAGAUCACACUGACCCCAUUGCCGCUUCAGAGUCCUGCAUCCCCUAGCUUCCAGCACCAAGCUCCCCAGUGGAGGUUUGAACACGGAUCCUCUUCAUACAUCCAAGUGACGUCGCCUCUGCCACAGCCAAUACAGCCGCAGAGUCCGACCCAGCACAGCCCGGUUCCUCUACAGGCCGUCUCCAGGCCUGGUGCUCCAGGCUCUGCUCUCGGGGUGUGUGGACAAAGCCCUACACGCUUUGUUGAGGCUGGUAUCAUGGUUCGACAGAUCAACCUAGCGAGCCCUCCUGGAACUGGGCAUUUUGUGUACCAAGAAAACACUGGCUUGGCUCAGCUGACUCCCACCACAGCUGGAGCAGUGCAGCUAGCCUCUCCUGGGACACCAGCAGCUGUCAGAGAAAGGCGUCUCUCUCAGCCGCAUUCUCAAACUGGGGGCACCAUCCACCACCAUGGCCCACAAAGCCCAGUGGCAACUGGAACUUCUCUGCCAACUCUGGCCAGCCCUGGUCACAUCACCACAUCCAACCUGCCUCCGCAAAUCAGCAGCAUCAUCCAGGGUCAUAUACGGCCCAUGAUUUUUGAGAAGACCACCCAAGGCGUUGUAGCAGGUGUCGCCACGUCUGCUACUGCCACUUUUGGUGUUCCUUCGGCUGUCCCUCCAUCUAGUCCAUCUCGGAGCAGUUCUUCUCAGGGGCUCUCGAACCCUCCCAUCACACCUACAGGGGUCUGCUUGGUCAAGAAACUUCAGCCAAAGAAGCUGGAAGAGAUAGCACCCGCCAAUGCUGAAGUGGCUCGCCUGAGGAAGCAGUGCUUGGAGCACCAUGAAAAGAAGAUGGAGGGCUUAAAGGAUAUCUUUAAGGAAUAUCUGAUUGAGCUUUUCUUCUUGCAACAUCUGCAAGGCAACAUGAUGGACUACAUUGCCUUUAAGAAGAAACCAUGUGUACCCCUGUUUACCUACCUCAGGCAAAAUGAUCUGGACUUGGAUGAUGAUGAGGAAGAAGAGGAACAGUCGGAGGUGAUCAAUGAUGAGGUGAAGGUAGUAACUGGAAAGGAUGGCCAGACAGUGACGCCUGUUGCCAUAGCCACCCAACUCCCACCCAACGUGUCGGCAGCAUUCUCUGCUCAACAGCAGUUCCAGGUUCAUCCAGGAGCAGGUGGCAACAUCUCCAAUCCAGUGGACAUGGAGGCCUUUAAAAGGCAGCAGGCCUUGGCGCAAGCAGAUCAGGCUAAGAGAUCCCGGAUCGAAGUGGGUCGCCAUGGAAUGAUAUUCCAGCAUCCUGUUGUAGCUCCUUUAGGAUCUCCUGGUGUUCCCCUCCAGCAGCUUAUGCCGACAGCGCAAGGUGGUAUGCCACCCACUCCUCAAACAGUCCAGAUUGGCGGGCAGAAACAGAACCAGCAGCAGUAUGACCCGUCCAAAGGUCCUCCAGUCCAAAACGCAGCCAGCCUCCACACUCCUCCACCCCAGCUGCCUGGCAGGUUGCCUCAAGCCAGUCUGCCGAUGGCCGGUUUGCCCCUCGCCCUGUCCCAGGCUCAGCCCAUGGUGCUGGAGCCACAGGCCCAGGCCGCUGGUGGGCAACUCCAGGCUCAGGUGAAGCUUCAGGCUGUUCAGGGAGCAGGGGCAGUGCUUGCUGCAGUCAGUUCUCACACACAACUGCAGGCACAACUCCAGCAGCAAAUGCAGCUUCAGUUGCAGCAACAGCAACAACAGCAGGCGGUCAUGCAGCAGGGACAGGCAACUGUCACACUUGUCCGUCCUGGAGCAGAGACAUCCCAGCCUGCUCAGCGCUUGUUGUCUAAUUCUCUGUCCACCACAGUAAUGUCCCCCAGUCCUCUCACCUCUCCCUCAUCACUCCCCUCCCCACACACUUCUGUUCCUGUCCGGACCCCCAGCACAGGGCCCAGCCUCUCUCCAGCUGCGCAGUCCAAGCUGGCAGCCCCCAGCAGCUCCACAGGGCUGAAAUUGUCUGGGCUGAGUCAGGGCUCAGCCAACCAGAAUGCACAGGAGAGUUCCCAGGACAAGCAGGCUGAGCAGGCUAAACUGGAGAGCCAAGUGCAUCAGCGUAUUGCAGAAUUGAGGAAGGAGGGUCAGUGGUCAGCAAGUCGAUUGCCCAAACUCCAAGAAGCGAGCAGGCCCAAGUCGCAUUGGGACUACCUUCUGGAGGAAAUGCAGUGGAUGGCUGCUGAUUUUGCCCAAGAGAGGCGGUGGAAAAUGGCUGCAGCUAAGAAGCUGGUGCGUACUUGUGCCCGCUACCACGACGAGGUAAGGAAGACUGCUGAAAGGGAGAAGAACGAGGAGGAGCUGAGGUUGAGAAGCAUUGCCAGCGCUAUUGCCAGAGAGGUGGAUUAUUUCUGGUCCAAUAUCCAGCAGGUUGUGGAAAUUAAACUCCGGUUUGAGAUCUCUGACAAAAGACAAAAAACUCUCAGCCUCCGAAAAUUAGGAAAUAAAGGACAGAACAGUAAAGCUGUAAAACAGUCUUCAGGAGACCAUCCAGAGACAGAAAGUAAAGCGCAGGAGUCUGGAAACAGCAACCGAAAGAGGAAAACCAGCGUGUCUCUUUCUGAUGACGAAGCUGAAGAUGAGAGUACCAUAGAGGAGCAGGAAGCUAUGGAAGUGGCUGCUGACCAAAAAGCAGAGCUUGCAGAUCUUGCCAAGGAAGCUGAGGUGCCAUUAGAAGCCCUAGUGAAGAAGUAUGCUGGUGCCUACGCUGAAGGCUUUGAGUGGCCCCAGCCUGCAUGUCAGAGUGAGGAUGAGGAGAAAAAUGAAGUAGAAGAGAUGGAUAGUUCUCCCCUCCAUAGUCCCCAUGAGGCAGUUCUGAUCGAUUCGCUCUUGAGUGAUGAGCAGUAUCGUGGAAGUGAAAGGACUAGCAGCUCUUCUGGAUCUGAUGGCAAACCCUUGAAGGAUAUAGCGGAAGUCUCCAGGGCAACAGACCUCAUCCUGCCUAAAGGCAGUGCAAGGGCCACUCCAAAUACUCGGCUCCCCGUGCCCUCACUUCUUCACGGUUCUCUGAGGGACUACCAGCUGGUUGGGGUGGAGUGGCUGGCCAAUCUACACCGUAAACAUCUCAACGGCAUUCUGGCAGAUGAGACUGGCCUGGGCAAGACCGUUCAGACAGUGGCUUAUCUCGCACACCUGGCCUGCCAUGAAGGUGUCUGGGGCCCCCAUCUGGUCGUGGUGAGGACCUGCAAACUCCUGAACUGGGAAAUGGAAUUCAAACGCUGGUGUCCUGGUCUUAAAAUCCUCCUUUAUCUGGGUGGCAAGAGAGAGCGCAGAUACAAGAGAAAAUGGUGGUGUGAGCCCAACAGUUUCCAUGUGUGUGUGACGUCAUAUAAGCUUUUGGUAAAGGACCAGGCUCACUUCUUAAAGAAGCGAUGGAAGCACAUGGUACUAGACGAGGUGCAACUGAUCAAGAACAUGACUGAAAAACACUGGGAAACCAUCUUCAGCAUCAAGAGUCAGCAGAGGAUCUUGCUGAUAAACAACCCUCUGCAGAACACUCUGAGAGAGCUGUGGACGAUGAUUCAUUUCCUCUUGCCUGGAAUCACACGACCUUUCCUGGACUUUCCAGUCAAACCUGGGACAGAUCAGAACCAGGACUACUGUCACAAACUGGUCAUCAGACUGCAUAGGAUGAUUCAACCCUUCAUCCUGCGUCGCUCCAAAAGAGAUGUGGAGAAGCAGUUACCCAAGAAGUACGAGCACAUCUUGAAAUGUCGUCUGUCUGCCAGGCAGAAGAGUAUGUAUGAGGACAUCCUCACUCAGCCAAGUGCUCAGGAGGCUCUGAAGACAGGGCAUUUUGUGAGCGUGCUGCAGGUUCUUAUGCAGCUGCAGAGGAUCUGUAAUCACCCAGACCUGAUUCAGACCAGAGACACUGCCAGUUCCUACACCUGUCUGCCCCUGCAGUACAACACGCCCUCCCUUCCGCUUACAGCUCUGCAACAGGACCAGUGGAAGACGGUAGACCUGUCCCUGUUUGACCUGAUCAAUAAUGAGAGAAAGUUGACACGGUAUGACACCAAGGAGGUUCUGCCCAAACUAAAACUGACCCAGAAGUUGAUUGAGGAAAUCCACAGUGCUCCAGACCCUCCUGCGAGACCCAAGCCGUGCAAGAUUAAACCCAUGAGGCUGUUCCAGUCAGUACAGUAUGGAACUAAGCCAGAGGGUCGUCUGGUGCCUCUGACGAGCAGUUCUCAAACCCAGCACUCUGCUUCUACUACCACUACUGCACCAACCACUACUACUGCCCCUACUGCUACAGCUACUGUUCAGAGUAACCAGCCCAGAGGCAAACCAACUGUUACUACCACCACAUCUACACAGGCCCAAUCAGCCACCAGCUCAUCAGGACUCCCCAUUGCAGCCGUUCCCUCUACCCCCACCUCUACCACUCUUGCUUUGGCUGUGGCAGGGGUGGGUGCUGUACCUCCCAGGUCUUCUGUUGCCCCCCAGCCUGCAGCCACCCACCCCCUGCAGCCCACUCUGCUCUCUCAGAGGCUGGUUCUCAGCCCGCAAGCCCAGGCCCGCUUGCCUAGUGGAGAUGUAGUAAAGGUGGCUCAGUUGGCGUCCAUAACUGGAGCUCAGAAUCGGAUUGCCCAGCCAGAGACACCAGUCACACUGCAGUUUCAGGGCAAUAAGUUCACGCUCUCCCCCAGCCAGCUGCGCCAGCUUACCACUGGGCAGCCUCUCCAGCUGCAAGGCAAUAUUCUUCAGAUUGUAUCAGCUCCAGGGCAACCAAUUCUUAGACAGCCAGGGCCCAUGAUGAUGCAGACUGUGCCCCAAGCUGUGCCUGUUCAAAACUCCAUAGGCCCUCAAGGCCCCACCCCUAUUGCUGCAUCCACACAAUCACAAGCAGCUGGUGUGAAUACUGGUACAACAGUUACGACCUCUGCUGCCACAGUCACAGGGACCAUCACCAAGCCCACAACCAACACUUCACAAGAGUCUAGUGAGGAGAGGAAUCGGCAGCUGAAGGAGCGCUUGGCUCGCCUGUUUAAUGUUAACGAGCGGCGCGUUAAUCGCUCUGUGCUGUAUGGGAUGGACCUUGUUGAAGCCUGCUCCAUGACUGAGGGGAAUACUGCCCCUUUUCUUGCUCCUAAAAACUCUUGCUGGUCCUGGGGAGGCAGGGAUAUAUGCCUGAAGGCCCAGCAGAACAAUGUUUCUGUCGUGGAACCCCUUCGCUUGGCUCUGCUGUCCCACAGAGAAAGACUGCAGACGGGAAAAAGCCUAAUGAAGAGGGUGUCCUGUCUAAUUCCUGCUGCUGUAGCACCAACACCUCAGCUUUAUGCAGCAAACCCCCCUCCAUCUUACAGCCUGAAACAGAAAUCAUUUGUGCGUCAGCUGAAAGAUGCAUCCACCCCGUAUAGUGUGGAGAUCCGCAGUCUGGCCCGCACUCACUUGUUUGACCUCCCUGAUAAACGCAUGCUGGAAAUGGACUCAGGCAAGCUUGAGGCUUUGUCUAUCCUGCUGCACAAGCUGAAGGCGGAGAAAAAGAGAGUGCUCAUAUUCACUCAGAUGGCUAGCAUGCUGGACAUUCUGGAAUCUUUUCUAGACCAUCGACAUCUUACCUAUGUUCGUGUGGAUGAGAAUCUGUCCCUCGAGGAAAGACGGGAUCAGGUGAAGAGGUUUAACUGUAACAAGCAGUUCUUCUGCUCCAUCCUGACCAAUCGCUGCUGCUCUGCCGUGGGUCACGUAUUUGAUGCGGACACUAUUAUUUUCUAUGACACUGAUCUAAACCCAAGCAUGGACUCCCGAACACAGGAGUGGUGUGACAAGAUUGGGCGCUCCAAAGACAUUCACAUCUACAGGCUGGAGAGUGGAAACUCUAUAGAAGAGAAGUUGCUGAAGAACGGCACUAAGGAUCUCAUCAGAGAGGUGGCAGCACAGGGCACAGAUUACACACUUGCCUUCCUCACACAGCGCACCAUACAGGACCUGUUUGAGGUGGAGGCAGGCUCUGGGGAAAAGGUAGAGGAGUUUGUUGUUCUGCAUCAGGAUCCAUCUCCAGCUGAAUCAAUUCCUCCUCAUGUGGCGAGGCCCUACAUUCAGGCCCUUAAUGCCAUCACACUGCAGACGCUUCACACAGAGGAUGAGCAACACCAAGAGGGGAUUGAGGUAAAGGCUCAAGAGGAUCUGAUGGAGGACAGAGAAGAGAAGGUGGAUGAUGAGGGUGAGGGGGUGGAGGAGGUCUCCCAGCUGGAGGAGCUCACUGCCGUCAUGGAGCAGCUGACUCCUAUAGAGCGAUAUGCCCUGCACUACCUGGAAUACCUUCACAUCAGUGAGGAUGAUGCAGUUGCCAAGGAGCGCACAGAAGCUGCUAAGAAAGGCUGGGAGCUGCAGCUGCAACAGAAGCUGAAGCUUGAAGGGGAAGAACGUAUGAUUCUGGAAGAAGAGGAAGACCUCUUCACAUAUACCAGAGAAGAUGCUUACAACAUGGAAUAUGUAUUUGAGAAUGAUGAUGGUCAGACAGAAAUAAUGCCGCUAUGGACCCCUCCAACACCUCCUCAGGACGAUAAUGAUAUCUACAUUGACUCUGUGAUCUGCCUGAUGUAUGACUCAACCCCCAUGCCUGAGUCUAAACUGCCCCCAGUGUAUGUCCGCAAAGAGCAUAAGAGGCUCAAGAUGGAUCCAUCUGCUGUGGGGCGUAAGAAGAAGAAGGGCCAUGGUGAAGCGGUUAUACCCCCUCGGUCACUCUUUGAUAAGGCCAGCAUGUUAAAGGUGAGGCGAGAAGGAAAGGACCAGAAGAAGAACUUCUCCCUGAAGCAACAGGCUCCCUUCGCCAAGCCACUGCCUUCACUGGUGAAACCUGCAAUGGAAGCUGGACAAGACAAUCCAGAGUGGCUUAUUAGUGAGGACUGGGCUCUGCUGCAGGCUGUGAAGCAACUCCUUGAGCUCCCUCUGAACUUGACUAUUGUGUCUCCGGCUCACACUCCAAACUGGGACCUGGUGAGCGAUGUGGUGAGCUCCUGCAGCCGGAUCUAUCGAUCGCCCAAGCAGUGCCGUAGCCGCUAUGAAAAUGUCAUUAUUCCCCGUGAGGAGGGCAAGUUGAUAUAUGAAGCUAAUCCCAAGAAGAAGACAAAGAGCAUCUAUAAGUCAAAGAACAGUCGUCCUCUGCGCACCUGUCAGAUCUACACCCAGGAUGACAAUGCCACUCAGAUACAGCUCUACAAUAACCGAUUUGAGCUGAUGAAGAUCAUUGCCAGCAAAAGGAGUCCUCCUAUCAAACCUCUGUUGGGUAUGAAUCCAUUCCAGAAGAACCCUAAACAUGCUUCAGUGUUGGCAGAAAGUGGUAUCAGCUACGAUAAGCCACUGCCACCUAUCCAAGUUGCAUCUCAGAGAGCGGAGAGAAUUGCCAAAGAGAAGAAGGCACUAGCAGAGCAGCAGAGGGCUCAACAGUUAGCUCAACAGCAGCAGCAGGCAGCUGGAGCAGCUCAGACCCCAGGAGCAGCUGCCCAGCCUCAAGCACAGCCACAGGCUGCGGCUGCUGGGCCACAGGCGGCUGGAGUCCCCCAGACCAACCAGCAAGGAGCUGCUGCGGUUCCCAACACCGCUGUACUGGCUGGAGCUAUCAAGACAGCUGCUGCUGGCACAGGCAUUCAGACAGCAGCUACAGUGGGGGGUAAUGUGAUUGUGAACACAGUGGCAGGAGUUUCUCCGGGCCAGUUUCAGGGCAACAAACGUCUGGCUUCUCCCGUCAUUCCUGGAGCUGUGCCUGCUGCGGGCACUGCUACAGCACAGGUGGUUCACACUCAGCAGAGAGCCAUUCCUGCUGCUACUGGCCCUGCCGAAGUCGUGGCAAUUGCCACCAGCCAAGGUAUUCGAGCUGUUACCCCAGUGACUGCCUCAGCUGUGGUGUCCACCACUCUGCCUCAGGUCCAGUCCCAGACACGUACGUUGGCAGCUCCAGGGGUACAGUUACCCCAGGGGAAGCAAAUGUCACCAGUGCAGCUGCAGAUCUUAAGGCAGCAGCAACUCCAGCAGCAACAGCAGCAGGCUGGGUCUCCCCAGAUCAAAACCGUGAACAAACCACAGCAGGAGCUGAUCAAGAUGAAGCAGAAGCUACAGAUGGCUCAGCAGCAGCAGGUUGCAGCGGCGGUAGCUGCGGCUCAGGGUCAGCAGACCACCGUUACCCAGCAGCCACAGCAAGUUCAGGCUGCCCCAACCGCUCAGGCCAGCCCACAGCUCACUGCAGUGGCUGCUGCACCCAGAGCUGGAGCUGUCCUCACUGGGCCAGUUGCCAACCUGCAGGUGACCAGACUGACGCGUGUUCAGGCUACAGGGGCUCUCCCAGCCCAGGCAGGUCAGACAGCUCAGGUCACACUGACCAAACCCCCUCCAGUGGUGUCUGUGCCAGCUGUGGUUUCUUCCACUGGCGUCACCACACUGCCCGUCACUGUGGCUGGCAUCAGCGUGGCCAUCGGACAAGCCCAGAAAGCAGGUGGUCAGGUCGUGCCUCACCAGUUCCAGGUGCAGCAGCUGAGGCUGAAGCAGGCAGCAGCUCAGGCAGCUGCAGCCCAGCAGAAAGCAGGACAGCCUCAGCAAACGCAGGCAGCAGUACAGCAGAAGUUGGCCACUCAGCAGGCCGCUCAGCCAGCAGGUCAGGCUCAGCAAAAGGUGACGUACACAACCACCACUCAGCUGCAGCCAGGCAUUAAGACCCAGUUCUUUGCCACUUCCAUCGCAGCCCAGCCCCAGAAACCUGCCACCACACAACAGAUACAGGUUGCUAAACUCCCUCAGAUAGUGCAGCAGCAAAUAGUGUCCUCACCCCAGCAGAUUCAAGUGCAGCCUCAGACGGUGGCACUGACCCAGGCGACCGCAGCUGGAGCGUCUACUCAGGCCCAGGUUCAGGUGAUCCCUUCUGCCUCUGCUGCACAGGUCGUUCAGCAGAAGCUCCUCCAGCAGCAGCAACAGCAGAUCAUCACUGCAGCCGCUACAACCGUCACUACAUCCCCUCAGAUUCAGAGCCCUGCCCCUAACAGCCCAGCUCAACAGCAGCAGACCACCACAGCACCCUCUGCAGGCGAGGCAGCAGCGCAGCAGCCUGGAACACCCCAGCCACAGCAGGGUAAAGGAAACGCUCGAGCUGGAGCAGCCAUGCGCUCGAAAACCCCUGCCAAACCUAGUGGAGGCAGCUAAGCACAAACACACAUUCACAAAGACACAACCGCUGUCGUAUUAGAAACCUCUAUAACUGUAUCAUCAAAACAGGUGCCCUUUACUUUGUGUAAACAUUUCAUGUUAAACCAAUGAACAUGUGAGUUAUAUUAAUGUACAUUAGGAACUUUUCCUAUGUAACCAUUUAUUAGAGGUUGUGUUACGCACACAGUAAUGUCACACACGAACAUGGACACCACGUUGUACGUGGAUUGAAGCCCCACUUACUGUCAUGGGGACAGUGUGUGUGUUCAUACAGUGGCUAUUGUGCUAUUGGUAGGGAGUCAAAUGCAAUCUCUGGCACCAACCAGUCUCGUCUUACCCCUUUGUUCUCUCCCCUCACUCUCUCUCUUUAUGAGACUGAUAACUGAUCAGAGCUUCUCAUAAUGUGUCUUUUAAGCUAUGGACUUUCCACAUUACCACAAAGAGAGCCUAAUACAUGGAGACUGGUCAGUAGUGUGUUAUCAUUGGAUGCAGUUUUGACUGAACACACACUCAAUCAUUUGGUGUGACAGUUCUGGUUUUCUGGACUCUAUUUAAUCAUGCUGUAAAAUGCUUGCUUUUUUUCUACUGCACCUUUAUUGUUUAUACAGCUGUGAAUGUUAUCGCACUCUGACACCCUUGGAGAAUACAAUAGAUUAAAAAGAGAGAAAAAAAACCUGAAUAUCCACGCCUGUGCUAAAGUUGGAAUCUACUGCAGGGCACUUGUCAGGAUACUACAAUUUCCAGGUAAAAAUGUGUCACUAGAUGUGCUGUUUCUGAUGUUCUGACUCCUUUAAAUGUGUGUAUUUGUCCCUUGUGUCAGUGAAGACCCAUCUGAAUUGUGAAACCUCUUUUAAUAAUGGCCAUGCAAGUGUGAGAACAUCCCAAAAAGUCACUAUAGAUACUUUUGCCAAAACCUUGUAUCACUAAAAUGACAACUUUACAAAAGGAUAAAAAAAAGCUUAAAUUUCAGUGAAAGUCUGUAUACGAAGUCAUUGUGUAGCAUUCCAUUUGGGACAUUCAAAUGUGGAAAAAAUGAAGAUACAAGGUGUAGAUAUGUUUAUACACCCCACAUAUAAACAACACCAGGAUGUGUUAAAGCACUACUGAGACUCAAGCUGGUUAGAAGACGACAUAGUCUUAUUUGAAAGUCAGGUGAGUGUGUGUUGAUUUGAGUGUCAGUGGAGGAGAAGCAGAACUGGGAUUUUGGCUGUUUUUAGUGGAUGAUAGUAAUGUUAAAUGUGAGUGUGAUGUGUUAAAUAUAAUAAUAAGAUUGAGUCAGGUGACAGUAGUACCUAGAACUUUAACUCUCUGAGCCAUCACUGUGGGUUUCAUCAUAAACCACUUGGGGGUGGGAAGAAAAAAAAUUCAAUCUGUGAUCUAAAUCUGCCAUCUCUAAAUUGUUAUGUUAUGUGUAUUUCUAUUGGUCUUUAUUGCCUGGUUAAAGGCUCGGCACAGGAAUCAUCAGUGGGUAAUCACUGUUAACCAUCGUUCACACAGAAGAGGCUUUGUUCAUAUUCACAAACGGUCCUGAUUUAGAGUUUUUAUUCUUUACUUUGUGUAUCAGCAGCUACACUGUAAACUGAUGUAUCUAUAAUGUUGGGGUGUCCUUCAUAUUUGUCUUUUUUUUUUUUUUUUUUUAAUCGAUGUUCCUGAACAAAUAUGUAAAUACCAGAAGGGAUGAUAUUUGUAAUUGUAAAGUAGUUGUGUUUUCAUUGGACUUUUUUCAGCUUAACUCUAUAAAGUGUUCUGUUUUUAUACAAACAA